AUGGAGGUUUUUGACAUCAACAUCUCUGCGGUCUACAUUACUCAAAGAUUUGCAAAUUUCAGUGGUGAAAAAACCAUCUAUGAGAGCUGCAAAGAUAUGCCAGGAGUUCUUAUCUGGUAUUUCAGUCUGCAGUUCACCAACAUGUUCCUGGGCAUCCCAACCAACCUCAUAGUGCUGUGGCUCAUCCACAAGAACAAGGGGGACUCCUCCACCUCAGACAUCUUCAUCAUGCACCUGGCAGUUCUAGAUGUGCUGUUCUGUCUCAUCCCUCCCCUGGAGCUGGCCAGCAUUGUCUUCCUCACCAUUAGCAGCCCCUGGUAUGUCCUGCGUUUCUUCUACGGCAUCAAAGACUUUUCACCGCUCUUUCUGUCCUGCAUCUGCCUGGACCGCUACAUGGCUGUAAUUCACCCCAUAACCUUCACCAAGCUCAAGGACCGUCAGCACAGAGCAGUGCUGGCGUUUCUGGUUUGGCUUAUUAUUCUGGCCUACGCCUCGGCUAAAUGCGUAGACAAGAUUGUACAGUUUGAGCAGGUUUUCACAGUAAUAAUCCUCACAACGUUUGCUUUCAUGGUGUUUUGCAACAUAGCCAUUCUCUGGGCACUGCGGCAGUCCGGGCCUGGCCAAGAUGUGAUGCAUCCAGUGAAGAAGAGAGCCUUCAAGAUGGUCCUGAUUAUCCUGGCCAUCAUUGUCUUCAACUACUCCCCUCCUGUUGCGCUUUUACCCUUUAAAGAAUACUUCUCUCCUGACGUGUAUCGGUGCUAUAUUCAUUAUAUUGCCUUUGGGUUAAUGGACUUUAGCAGCACCAUUCAGCCUCUGCUCUAUUUAUCCAAGGAACAGUUCACAUGUAGACUCAACUGCUGCAGAACCAAUGCCAACGGGGCACAAACAAAGUAA